AUGAUGAAAUCAACUGUACUAUCGUUAAUCGAAAAUCCUAAAUCCAAUUGGUGCGAAGUUAUGAAACCUAACCUGAUUCCGAAAAUCGACAUGAUCUACUGCGCUCCAAUAAGUAUUCUCGAUGAUUUCUUUGAAAUCGGGCUUCAGGACAAGGCUGCGUUCGACCCAAACCCCGUUGGCGAAGGACAUGAGCUCUUCGCGGGCAGGACGGCCCGACCCGACCGCAACCAUGGCCAGCACGACUUGCUGUCCUUGACGUGGGUGUUGUCGUCCUUGACGUGGGUUGAGAUGAGGUGCUUCGCGAGCCACGAGGAGAAGUCGGUUUGA